GUGAGACGACGUUUUUUUUUUGUUGUUUUUUUCCUUAAAUUAAAUUCUAUAUUUAUAUUGGAAAUCGGUUGUACUUAAGAGUGAGACGACGAAAAGGAAGUGAGUAGCAGGAGAGAGAGCCCACUGCAUUGGCACUUCCGCUUGGCACUUUCCGUUACUCCCAUUAUCCGUGGGAUUCAUAUCCAUAUCCAAAUCCAACUCCAUCCAGUCCCAUAAUCGAUAUCCGCGUCCUCUUCUAUGUUUUUGAUUGUGACUACAUUGUGACUGUGUUGUGACACGUGAUUCGCAGAACGGAACGAAACGGAACUACAAUAAAUAUAAAACCAAAUAAAAACCUAAGCGAAUAGACCGAUUCUUAGAAAUGUUGAUAGAGCCGACAUUGAACCGUGACCUUGGCUCGCUUACUGUUGCAAAUUCUGGCCUCUCAGCCGCGCACUGGAAAAUGGAGCCCCAUCCCCAACGAAUGACAUCGCUGGCCCCGCAUGCCUCCAGUGUAGCGGCAGCAGCAGCGGCGGCGGCGGCGGCAGCGGCAGCAGCAGCAGCAGCGACGACCACGUCGCCUCCAUCUGUGCAAAUACCGCCGGGCUUUGGCGCUGGCGGGGGCACAGCCGGCAGCAGUGGCGGUCCAACGGCUGGGCCGGGUAGCACGCUUGGUACAUUGAUGUCGCAACACCGCCUCCUGGAGUUCUCCCGCUUUGGUGGCCUGCGUGGCUACGACAUCGCCCAGCACAUGCUGACGCAGCAGGGCGCAGUCUCCAAGCUGUUGGGCUCCCUGCGACCACCGGGCCUAAUUGGUGGCUCAAAGCCGAAGGUAGCCACGCCAACGGUCGUCUCCAAAAUCGAGCAAUACAAGCGGGAGAACCCCACGAUCUUCGCCUGGGAGAUACGCGAGCGCCUGAUCUCCGAAGGUGUCUGUACGAAUGCCACCGCCCCGUCGGUGAGCAGCAUCAAUCGCAUCCUGCGAAACCGGGCCGCCGAGCGGGUGGCCACCGAGUUCGCUCGCACCGCCGCCUAUGGCCUGUACCCGCCCCACCCGCAUCCGUACGGCAGCUUCACCUGGCAUCCGGCCGGCAAUGUGGGAGGUGGACAAUCGGUGCCCGGUCCGCCGCCGCCGUCGGCUCUCUGGUCUGUGGCGGCUCCCACAUUGGCCAAUCUGCCGCCCAGUGCCGGCAGCUCGGUCUCUGCCCCGAACUGUGGAUCCCUGAGCUCUGCUCACCUGAUGGCCAGCGCUGCCCCCCCGAACAGAGCCAUUUCGCCGGGCUCGGGCAGCCACGACACUCUCGAGUCCGCGGACGAGAACCGCCACAUCGACUCCGACUAUUUGGACGACGACGAUGAGCCCAAGUUCCGACGCAAUCGGACAACCUUCAGCCCCGAGCAGCUGGAGGAGCUGGAAAAGGAGUUCGACAAGAGCCACUAUCCGUGCGUGAGCACCCGCGAGAGGCUGUCGAGUCGCACGAGUCUGAGCGAGGCGCGAGUUCAGGUCUGGUUCUCGAACCGCCGGGCCAAGUGGCGUCGCCAUCAGCGCAUGAACCUGCUCAAGCGGCAGCGGUCCAGUCCCGCGAAUCCGCUGCACUCGCAGCAAUCAAACGACGCUCCGGCCAGCUCUCCCACGCCCAGUAAUCACAGCAGCGCCUCAGCCUCGGCGGCUUCUGUGGGAGGAGCUCCUGCUCCGCCCCAGCAGUCGCUUCCCCUCUGCUCAGAGCACUCUCCGCAGGCACCACCUCCGUCCGUGAUACUGCACCCACUGCACGGGCCACCUGGGGGCCACCAUCACCACCAUCCACUGCACUUGCCGACGCAUCCUGCGGCGCUGCAGCUGCUCAGCCACUACCAUCAGCAGCAGCAGCAACAACAGCAGCAACAACAGCAGCAGCAGCAGCAGCUUUCUCCCUCUGGAGUUGGAGGCUGCGGAUCGGCCGCCAGCCACCUGUCGAUGGGAGGAGAACGCAGCGCCUUCCGGAGUCUGGUAAGCUCUCCUUCUGCGGCAGCCUUUCUGGGCCUUGCCCGGCAGUAUGCGGUGGCAGCAUCUCUGACGGUGGCCGAGGAGCAGCGCUCGCGGAUGCACUACUCCACCGGGGUGGGUUCCGGGCCGGAGGGCAGUGGCCCUGGCAGUGGGAGUGGGACUGGGACGGGCGGCUCAACCAUGACCGUGGACAACUCAUCGUCCGACUCGGAUGAAGAGAUCAACGUGCACGACGAUUCCGAUGCUGAAAUCGAAUCGCCGGCGGCAAAGGUGGCCCGCCUGUCAUCCUCCGAUGGGUCGGCGACGCUGCAGUUCCUAAAGCAUGACCGUUAGCGGGACAAACCCGUGAUCCGGCGGCAGAGUCUAAUUGAAAACCUGAGUUGUGUGCGCGUUUGUGAUUGACAGCGACGUAGGUAUGUAACUACGUGGAAUGGUGGGUCCCGCAGGGCGGUCGCAGGCGGAUCCGUGCGUGUCGCGGACAGAAACAUGAGACGCGACUACAUUCGUAGACGAAACAAAUCGAAAACCAAAGUUAAAAUGCUGCUCACCUACUUGGCUGCGGUUCGGGGUCUUGCUUUUGCCCCGGUCCGGACACUAGGUUGCAACUGAAAUAGCAGCAGCAGCAGCAGCAGUAGCAGCAAGAGCAAGAGCAAGAGCAAGAGCAACAAUAGUAGGCGGCAUUUGUGUGUGGACACGCUUUAGAUUAACUGAAAUUGUAACUAAUACUUACUGGUACAUGCUCGUACGAGUAUGUGCACGCUUGUCCCAUUUAAUGCACAUUUCCAUCAUCUGCAUAAUAGAUAGUUACGAAUGCGAAUCCGAAUCCGAAUCCGAAUGCGAGUACGUACCUUCCAAGUAUGUAGUACGUAUAAUUAUUACGAGUACGUGUACUAGUACGAGUAUAUUAUUCAUCGCCGGCCGUUGGCCGCUGGCUGCCGACUUACCUCAUCACCAUUUAAGGCUAUAGAGUAUGCAAUAUCUACACAUAUAGUAUGAAUGUAUGUACGUAACUGUAGCCGUAACUCUAACUAUAACUUAGUCCUAACCUAGGCUCUAAACUCCAACAAUACAAUGCAUGCCCAUUCGGAGCACACUAUUUUUUUUUUAAACCUUUUUUUUUGAACUGAUAUCUAUAUUGUAUGAUAAGUGUGCGAGCAGUGUCUCCCAAAAAUGGGGAGUAUCAAAUAA